AUGGAAUUAAAAGAAAUACGUCGAGCUUUUACCAUCAAACCGGGCUCGGACCCACCAGAUUCGACGCCGGAGGACCUUUCGGUGAUGAGUCGAUUCAAUAGCUUCUCUCUGCAUGAGAGCAAAGGCAGUGAAAAGCAAACGACGAAAAUAACUUCCUCCUCGGAGGAACAUGUAAGUCGACAACAACAAACCCUCGAGCUAACCGGCUACCGGCGGAUUCGUACCGUAGGUCAGGGAUCAUUCGGUGUCGCCAUCCUCUACGAGCGCCGCUCGGAUGGCCAACAGGUGGUUAUGAAGCAGAUAGCCCUAAACGACCUUACCGUGCCCGAGCGUAAAAUGGCCAUGAACGAGGUGGAGGUAUUCUCGCAGCUCCAUCAUCCGAACAUCAUCGCCUACCACGGUUCGUCGGUACGUGGCGAACUGCUGCUGAUCGAAAUGGAGUACGCGGACGGUGGAACGUUGGCGCAGCUAUUGGCGGAACGAAGUCACGGUGAGCCACUUCCGGAACGAUUUGUGUUGAACAUUUUCGAGCAGCUUGUUAGUGCCAUUAGCUACAUGCACUCGCAGAGCAUACUACACCGGGACCUGAAGACGGCAAAUGUAUUUCUACACGGGCGUGGUACAGUGAAGGUCGGUGACUUUGGAAUAUCGAAGAUCAUAAACACCAAAGUGCAUGCCCAGACUGUUCUGGGCACGCCGUAUUAUUUUAGCCCUGAAAUGUGCGAAGGCAAAGUUUACGAUGAAAAGAGUGAUAUUUGGGCGCUCGGAUGUAUCCUUGGCGAAAUGUGCUGCCUGAAGAAGGCCUUCACAGCGACGAACCUCUCUGAGUUGGUGACCAAAAUUAUGACCGCCGAGUAUGUACCGCUCCCGGGUGGUUACUCCGAUUCUCUUCGUCACGUGCUAGCGUUAAUGUUUCGAAUCGAUCCGACGGCACGACCCUCCGCAUCCGAGUUGCUCCAGUACUGGAUACCGCUUGUCUAUAGGAAGUUGGGAACAACAGAAAGGUUAUUACCCUUCUCUUAUAGUGAUUUUCAGAACGUCAGUGGUUGCCUGAUUGCCGCCAAACAAGGUUUGCCCGUUGAGGCAAAGUUGUCCACCAACCGCACGGACUCGUAUCCAGGAUCCACGGUUUUAAUAACGGAUAAUUCAUCCAAAAUGGUGCCCAUGGAACGUACAGUCCUCUACCAACUUCACUCGUUCGGCACAUCAUCGUCGAUGGCUCCUCUGCAUUUACCGCCUACAUUAAACAUCAGGAGUGUGGCAACACGCGGACAACAUUUUGUAGCUGUUAUGGAAGAUGGAAGUGUCUACAGCUGGGGAGAAGGACACAAUGGUCAACUUGGACACGAUGCUCUCGAAACCUGGCAUCACAUUCCAAUGCGAAUCGAGGCUAUCAAGCAAUACCGUAUAGUUGGAGCCACCGUUGGUGAAGGGUUCACCAUCCUUCAGACGGACACCGGAACAUUACUAAGCUGCGGUGACAAUAGCCACGGUUGCCUGGGCCACGGUAACAAGAAUGCGCUUCUUGUACCGAAACCGAUCGUGAAAUUGGAUGGUUCGCCUGUCGUCCAGGUUUCUAGUGGCACGACGCACGUUCUAGCCCUCACCGAAAGUGGACUCGUGUACAGCUGGGGAAGCAGCAGCCACGGUGCGUUGGCUCUCGGAAAGCGCAUCACGGUCGCCCUGGAGCCGGAACGUGUCAUCCUGCCGCAGUUGGUGCAGAACGCCAGGGAAGUGUACGCUGGACCGGACUGUACGAUACUGAUCACCCGGCAGGAUGAUUGCUACUGCUGUGGAAGCAACGCCGGGAAUCGAUUGGGUUUAGGUCGUAAGGUCCUCGGGACUAACACGUUACGUCGGGUCCCGCUCGACAUUGGCCGGCAGAAGAUAGUCGCAGUGAGCGUUGAAGCGACACACGCAGCCUUUCUGUUGGAGAGUGGAUAUUUGGUGACGCUCGGAGAUAAUGCCCACGGGCAACGUGGUGCCGGCCAUCGGCUCCAAUUGAGCCAACCGACGAUCGUGGGGCAGCUGAAAUCAAGAUUCAUCGUGAACGUGAAAACCAGUCAAACGUACACCGUAGCUACAACGGAUGAUAAUUGCGUUGUACUUUGGGGUACUCGAAUGGGCACACCGGAUGAUGGUACGGGGAACACCAGUGACACAUUCGACAGGAACAAUAAUGCAGAGCGACCUUGCCUGGCAACGAUCGCCAAUAACACCGUGGCACUCGCGAAUAUACUGACAUCGAUCUACAAACACGAGACGAUACUCGAUCCAACCGAUAUUCUCGCCCUUUACACUUCGAAAGAUCAACAGGACAGAGAUUUGUACGUGAAACUGCUCGACGUACAUCCACUACCGCAUAGCAUUCUGGUACUGGUGAAAACAAAUUGCCCACUGGUGUAA